GUGGCACAAACAUAUUACGGACCUAGAAGUAAAUCAAACCACCGUAGCCUAUCAAUGUGUUCGGUCGGCGCAGUAGAUCCAAAAUCUUGUUUGGCAUGGCCCGAGAAUCGGAGUCGUGCAUGAUGAUGACGAGUUAUCAUUUGAACUUGGUCCAGCGCACAAGUCCAUCUCAUUCGAGUCGGACUCGAUAUUCAGCGCUUGUAGAAGACAACGAGAAGGGUGUCGCUACGGGAGUGCUACAACUCAAAAGGCGAUUGCGACGCCUGUCAACAGCAACUAAUCGGUUCAGCAUCGAAGGUUCAAGUUGGCUCGCCCAUACAGUGGUCGGUCUUUCUUACGCCCGUACUGAAUGGUUACAAGACCUCCGAGUCAAAUUGUCACGGUCGUACCCGUUGUUGAUCCCCAUCAUGAAAUUUGCCUCUACUCUCAUCCUCGCGUUCGUUGCUGGUGUGCAGGCUCAGCCCUCAGUCAAUGUCUCAGCACUACCCACUGGCAGUCUCACACUCCCGACCGUCACCCUUUCUCCGCCCGCCUCCAUGUCUUUACCUACGUUGACUUUAACCGCCCCAACUUUAACACCGCCUACCAUGACAUUCGGGCCGAAUAGUACAACGACGUCCGCGUCGACGAGUAUGACUGCCACGUCUACAGGUGCAGCAAUGGCAGGCUCGUAUGCUAAUACUGAAUUGGUAACGGGAGCUGUGGCAGGGUUCUUCGGCGUCUUCGCCUUUCUGGUGUAAAAAGUACCAGUAGCUUAUCCAUGGACAAUGUGAGAGCGGUCAUGCACGUCUGUUCACGAUAGAGCGUUGGAUUGGCUAGAUCUAGACAGGGGAGUGACUACUAGUCUAUGCAUUGUGCUAUGCUACCAUUUAGCCGCAAUAAGGUAUACUAGUAAAAAUAGUCAUUUAGGUGUUAAUGCAUGUGGACACGACAUGUCUCCAAUAACUGAAUGAGAACAUGACUGCGAGGUAAAUAACAAGUUUAGCCGUCAGUUUUACGCUCGUACCAAGUCGCACAGAGCACUUUCAUAGGAGAAAAUA